UGGGGGCCGGCUUGGAUGUCCACCCACGCCUCCCCGUAGGUCGGUGCAGGUCGCGGCGAGACAUGUUUGAAUUUUCUUUGACUUCUUGUUGAUCUAAAGAAGGCAUCCUGCAGAUAACGGUUAAAAUCUGACAGGCGCCGGGGUGCAGAUCCUCGAAAAAUUUGACGGACCGACUUUUCUAUCGCGUGACUGUCAAGUCUCUCAGGCUAGAGGUUCAGUUUUAUGAUCACUGAGACAUCAAAGGAAAAUGAAGGUGCUUACCAAGGCUCAGAUGAUGGACGCAGCAAAAGUCCUGGAGACCUUCCUGCCACAGUCCCAGCAGGUUUAUGGACACCUUUUGCAAAUGAGCAGAAUAAGAUCUUACCCGAUGGACAUUGCAGUGGAUACUUGGCCUAAUUUCACGGCAAUAAUUUGCAAGCCAAGAGUUGAGACGGAAGGAGAUCUCUUCAAAGACUCGAGUGUCUUUGCUAAAGAUGGAGCCUCCUUAAGGAAAGUCUUGGCAGAGCCGGCAAUUAUCAACUGGGGAAAGUUUUUCUGUCUUGCAGCCGAUCUGUCACUGGAGGCCGUCUUAAAGGAGGAAGCUGAGUGUAGGGGGGUGUCAUGGAGACGUGUGACGACAUGUUACAUGCUAAAACUGCAGUGUGUGAGUCAUCUUCCCACAGUGGACAGUGCGCUGGGGUUCAGGAUAUCCUCCCUCGAUGAGUCUCAUGUGGACCUGGUGAACCAGAGCUGGAAGUUUGGGGCUGGAAAGCACAGCGUCAGGAUGAUCCAGGACAUGAUUCGACACUUCCCCUCCUGCUGUCUGCAGGACGGGGAGGGCCGGGCCGUUGCAUGGAUCCUCACGUACCCUUCAGGGUGCAUGGGGAUGCUCUAUACCAUGCCUGAGCACCGGGGCAAGGGCUACGCCAAAAUCGUGAUAAAUGCGAUGUCGCAGAGGCUCCACAGCGGUGGCUACCCCGCCUACUGCUUUAUCGAGGUGGAGAACAAGCUGUCGUUCAGACUGUUCAAAGGCCUGGGCUUCACUGAGGACCCCACAUACAGAGCAGCCUGGUUUACCUUUAAUCAUUUAUGAAGUAGGACAAAAAAACUAACAAGCUAAAUCAAUUAAAUCAGUUGAUUUUAAACAAGCAUUUUUAUAAACCACUCAUCACUUAAUUACCUGAAAUUUUGUAGCACUUGAAGAAAGAUAUAGAAUCUCUUGUGGGAAAUUACACUGGUUUACAAGGCUUUUGUUUCCUUUAUCAAUUUUAAUGUGCCAGAUAGAUUUUGUGAUGCUGAUCACAAACACUUUAUUUGACGGGACACAAAAACUAAAUGGUGCCUCAGUUACUACUGAAGUACAAAUUAUGAACAAAUACUAUAGUUUCGUGAAAUAAAAUAUGUCAUGAUUUAUUAAUGAUGAGCAAACAUGAGAUCAGUAUUUCACUUGCGUUAUUCAUUUCUUGUUUCAUUUCUUCUUUAAGUCUGAGAGAAAGACCUGAGAGAGAGUCUUCACACCUGUGAACAAGCUUUACAUCUGUAAAUAUAAACCUACGGUGGAAUUAUACUGACCAGAUGGACACUUAUUGACCGCACAGAUCUUUUCCUGAGUGAUUAAAAAAUAAUAGGUUAAUGUGAUUGGCCGAGAGAUUCGUGUCAUGUGCUGAACACGAUGUACAAGGAAUCUUCAGGUGGGAGGUGAGACCGAAUCGGGAAUCAACUUGGUGAGGUUUUCCUUCAUGCUGCAUUAUCUUUUGUUUGUUUGUUUUGUCUUUUGAGCCCCUUGAUAAACUCUAGAUUGUUGGCCAGUUGCCAGUAUUUUUUUCCACAAAUGAAAGCUAGAUAAUCUUUGAUUUUUCUGAAAAGCCAGUCAUUGUUGUGUGUAGAGGUUUGUGGGAGGGAGUUACUGGAAAACAUUGUCUGAAUUCUUAGAGUGCAGCUGAUUUUUCCAAAGUGUUUAUAGCGUAUGAAUAGCUUUGGUUUUGUUCUGGAAAACAACAAGUUUCAAGUGGAUGAAGCUGUAUUCUGGUUAGUUGUGCAGAUAGUAAUUACAGAACCUCUUCCUAACUGCACUGUCAUCAGUCUUUCAUUGACAUGAUUCAUCAACCUGAAUGCUGUACUUUUUGAGCUACGCUUCACUUUUCUUCAAUACGAUGCUGCUUUUUGUCCUGUCUGUCCACUUCCAGCAACCCUAACCAGUAAAUCAAUUUUGGGAAUAAACAAACAGCUUGAUCUGGGUC